GACAAGAUAUUGAGUCUGCUCUCCUCUUCUCCGUCAUUCUCGUCUUCUCAUCACCAAACCUCUUCUUCUCGUAGAUAACUCAAUCCAAUCUCCAUUCGAAUCGACUCUGCAAAACCUGGUGCUUUUAGAUUCUUCUCCUAAAUUCUAACAUAAGCCCUAAAAAUCAAAUUUUUAAAAUAUCUGCGAAUCCUCUCUAUAAUUCAACCACCGAAAUUCUCCAUCCGAUUCAGACGGAUAAUCGCCAUCAACAGCGUGUGAAUUUGAUCGACCAAAAUUUGAUUUUUCGAUUUCGAAAUUUGAUUUUGGGACUGAGUAAAUGGCGGAUUUUCAGACAUCAACACAACGGGCCAAGUGGAUUUUCACUCCCCAGAAACUGGCAGACAGAUAUAAAGCUGCUAACAAGAGGGCAGUGCAAAUGCUGGAGAAGUGUGGAACAACCCAAGUUGAAGUAGAUGCCAGUGGAUCACUAACAUAUCCUAAAGAUAAAGUUGAUGCAGCAGAUCCAGCUGAUAAGAAGCUUAAGCCUUUGAGUGUUGAUGAAGAACGGUUCAUGAGAGCAUUUUAUGAGGCUAAGGUCCAAGAAGUGUGUAGUGCCUUUGCAUUUCCUCACAAGAUUCAGGCGACAGCCCUCCAAUACUUUAAGAGAUUUUAUCUGCAAUGGUCUGUUAUGCAACAUCAUCCAAAAGAGAUCAUGUUAACCUGUGUGUAUGCAGCUUGUAAAAUAGAGGAGAAUCAUGUAUCUGCUGAGGAAAUUGGGAAAGGGAUUAACCAAGAUCACCAGAUCAUUCUCAAGUAUGAGAUGGCUGUUCUUCAGAGUUUGGAAUUUGAUCUGAUUGUUUAUGCACCGUAUCGUGCAAUUGAAGGUUUUGUCAACAAUAUGGAGGAAUUUCUUCAAGCUAGAGAUGAUCAAAUCCAGAAACUGGAGAGUUUACUCAAAGCGGCGACAGCAGAAGCCGAUAAAGUUAUGCUCACAGAUGCUCCACUCCUCUUUCCUCCUGGCCAGUUGGCAUUGGCGUCUUUACGUCUUGCAAAUGGGGUUCUUGGAGUGAUUGACUUUGAUAGGUACCUAGAGAACAUUGUUUCUCAACCAAACUCUGAGCACACAACUUCAGAGCUCACAAAGUUCCUUGAUGACAUCGAAUUUUUGGUAAAGAACUACAAGAAACCAAGUGAAAAGGACAUGAAGCAUAUCAACCGGAAGCUAAAAUCUUGUCUAGGACAUAGUUCUUCACAUGACGAGAGUAAGAAACGGGAGAAGAGAUCGAAGCACAAGUCCCAUAGGAGCUCCAAUGAUACACCAAACGGGGCACCGAUAGGUUGAGUUUCUUGUUCUGCCAUUAGCAAUUCUUCCUUGGCACUUUGGUUAGUUUUAAUCUUAUUGAAUGAGAAAAUCCUCUUUAUAGUUUUUUUUUCCUGUUGUUGUUCUUACUAGUAAGUUUGAGCAGAUUUAUGUUAACAAUAUUGGCCAUAAGUUUGUUUAUUCCGAAGAUGUCAAUGAACCUAUAACAAAACU